AUGAAAAUAAGAAAAAAGGCGAAUGUCACAAGGUCACUACCUAAAAUUACAUUUUAAAAUUAGCCUCGUUUCAUAACUUAAAAGAAUGAUGAAGAAGAGCUUGAUUUCAGUUUUGAAUUAUAUCCAGAGAAUCCGAUAAGUGCUAAACAAGAGUUUUAUCGAUUCCAUAAAACAAUAGAACGAAUUUAAGAAUAAAACAAAUUUUAUAAUAGAAAUGAUAACUUGAUGAGUAGUUUGUCAUCUCCUCAAAUACCUCCAGGAAGUUUUGGAUUGUUUAGUCGAUAAAAGAAUGAUGUAUUGAAUUUAAAGUAUUAUUGAUUUUUUAAUAGCCAUAUGAAGUAUGGAGAUAAGUAUAUGGUGAUUUUAGCAAAAGGAUUAUAAAAGCAAAAUGACAUAAAAGAAUUUCAUUUAAAUGAUAAUCGAAUGACUUAGAUGAGUUCAUCAGAAAUAAUAAAAAGUACUAGAGGAGCUUUUAAGUUGAGUUUAUAAAAAAAUAAGAUUGGUAGUGGAUGUUUGGAAAUAGGGAAUUCUUUGGUAAAUCGAGAUUGCAAAAUAUAAUCAUUAAAUUUGGAAGAUAAUAAAUUGAAAGAAAGUUUAAUAGUAGACAUUUUAGAUAGGAUUGCUGAUAAUAGAUCAUUAAAAAUAGUGAAUUUAAGCAAAAAUAAUAUUUCAAAUAAUUGUUGUACAGCACUUUGUAAUAUGAUUUAACAUAAUGAAGAUAUAUAAGAAUUAUAUUUGCAUUUUAAUAGAUUGAAUGGAAAUGGAGCAACAAUGAUUUUUAAUAGCUUGUAAAAAUCUAAUUUAAAAGUAUUAGAUUUAUCCUAAAAUUCAUUAGGAAUAGGUUUAGAUUGGUCAAACAGUUUUAAUCAAAUGGUGAGCAUGAAUAAGGAAUUAAUUCAUUUUGAUUUGUCAUUCAAUAGAAUAUCAUAUUAGAUUACAUGUAACAUAGCAGAAGGAUUGAAAAAAAAUAAAACAAUAAUAGGAUUUCAUUAUACAGGUAAUUCUGGAUAUGUAGAUACAAAAGGAUUUUUGAUUCCUAUAGAAAAAGAAGAGAUAGAAUAAACUUAACAUUAAAUAGCUUAAAGGAUAUAAGGAUGUUAAUAUAUCAAAUAGAAAAGAUUAAGAUCUUAUAGAGAUAAUAAUAUAAAGGAUUGUUGUUGGAUAUGUGAAGGAUGGAGAUAAGUAGAAUUUUAAUGGAAUCCAAUAAAUUCUGGACCUGCAAAUGAUCCUAUGUUUUUGCAUUUAUCUUAUUUGAAUUAUGAUGACCUAUAUAUGGGAAAGGUUGAUUAAGGUUUGAAAGUAUAAAGAAUGGUGCCUCCAGGUUUAUGUUAUUAUUUUUUUACAAAUGAUGAUAUUUAAUGUGUGGCUUAGGAUUAACUUCAUAAGAGAUGGCCAUUACCUUUGAAUAAUGUUCGUUUAUUAGAUAAAAAAGUAAAUGUAAGGCUUAAUCAAUUAAAUUACAUUAAUAUUUAAGGAACAUAAAUAAUUGAUAAAUAUUAUAUGCCAAUUAUAAAUGUUUAACCAAGAUAGGAGGAUCUGAUUUAUAUACCUGAAGUAGUCGAUAACAAAAUUAUUUGGACGUUUCCAAUAUCUUUGUUUAAGGAUUGGAAAAAAGAUACUGAAGAAAUGUUGGAUAAAUGUUUCUCUAAUGAUUGGAAUUUAAGUAGAAUAACAAAAUUGAUAAAGGAUGAAAAUGAUAGAAAUGCUUGUUAUGAAUUUUUGAGAUAAAACUAUCAAUAAAUAAAGGAUACUUAUAAGUAAUAGAUAAUUUGAAUAUAGACAUUUUGCAUGUUUGUCACCAAUAGGAGAUGUAUGGGCUAUUUCAUCAUUGAUAAAUUUACAAUUGUUAAGUUAAAUAAAGUUAACAGAAAUGAAUGAAAGAGGGACUAUAAAAUAAUAGGAUAUGGAAUUGAAAUAUUUAGCUACUAUAUCUGGGACAGAAAAAGGGAAUUACAGAAAACCAGAAAGAGGAAUGGUUAGAUUCUAAUUUCUUGAGAUGUGGAUAAGAAUAGCUGAAGAUAAAUAUAUAAGAAAUGGGAAUGCUAAAUCAUUUGAAGAAGCAAUUAAAUGGUUGUGGGAAGAUCAUCUCAAAGAAGAAUUUAAUAAAUAUAAUAGUUAAAUCUUUAGAGAUACUCGAUAUUGGAAUGAGUAAUGCGAUUUGUGUAUGAAAUAUUACAAAACUAUAUUGGAUAGUCUUUAUCUCCGAUAUAGUGUUAAAAAAGUCAAACCAGGAUAAAAACCUUUUAUGAGUUUAUAAGAAUUGUAAGAUAUGUGUUCUCAUAUUGGAUUAAAUUAAUUAGAUACAUAUGGACCUAAUACAUCAUUGUUUGCUUUCAAUAAAGCAAUGAUGACUUAAGUUGAUGAAGUGAAUUAAGAUAGAAUAUUUUAAAUGAGUUUUGUUGAGUUCUUAGAAGCAUUUUCUAGAAUUGCUGAAGAUAUUGAUAUUAGACCGAUUGGAUUACAUCUUAAAAUUGAAUAGCUUAUUUGGAAAUGUUACAAUCUUUUUCCAGAUAUAUAUGCCUAACCAAAUUAAAGCUAUUUUUAAAAUGAAUGGGAUUAAAUAAAUAAGUAACAACAAAGUGAUGAAGACAUUAUUGAUAAUUCUUAUUGA